GCAGCGGGGGAGCAGCGGAGCCAGACGGCCCCUGGACGAUCAAGAUGUUGCUCCUCCCACGCCUGUAAAGCGCCAGUGCCACCACCACUUGACUUGGGGGCCUGUGUCUGUGUCAGUGAGUGAGUGAGCGAGCGAGCGAGGGAGUUAGCGAGCGCUCCUCCUCCCACACUCUCUCUCUCCCUCCCUCUCACUCGCCUCUCCUUUUGGUACAGUCCCCAGACUGCUGCUCUCUUUGUUGCUGGGCGGGGGGUGGGGAUCGACCCUAUUUGUCUGCCCCUGCCACCGUCCGGACUCUUCUAUUCUGCGCGGGGGGCUCAUCUGCUGGGCUCUGCUGGGCUUGGGUCUGCUUCGCUUCGGUCGGUUCGGGCAAUUCGUUUGUUUGCAUUUGGACCAAUUGACUGGUUUCGAGCCGGCGGGGCAGUUGUUUCGUCGUACGGCAGGCGUCGUUCGCGAUGGGGGCGAGUAAUGUGGAUGCAAAGGGCUCGGAGGAGGAAGUGCCUCUGAAGCAGUCGUCGUCGAGAAAGGAGGCCGUUAAUCCGGCCGAUGGCAACGCUGCCGUGUCGAUCAAGAUCCGCACGAGGUUGCCCGAUUUUCUGAACUCUGUAAAUCUCAAGUAUGUGAAGCUCGGUUACCAUUAUGUUAUCACCCAUGCUCUGUAUCUGCUUAUGGUUCCCUUGUUGAUGGUGGUGGCUGCCGAGUUCGGCCGGCUUGGGCAUGAGGAUUUUGGUCAGCUCUGGGAGCAACUGCAAUUCAACCUGGUCAGUGUCCUCGUUUGUUCCGGCACUCUCGUGUUCGGUGGUACCUUGUACUUCAUGUCGCGCCCCCAUCCGGUGUAUCUGGUAGACUUCGCUUGCUACAAGCCCAUAGAUGAGAGGAAGGUCACUCGAGAGAUCUUCAUGGAGUGCUCCAGGAUCACCGGAAAUUUCAACGAGAAGAGUUUGGAGUUUCAAAGGAAGAUCCUGGAAAGAUCUGGCCUCGGUCAGGAUACCUACCUUCCUCCAGCUGUUCUCCGCGUUCCCCCAAAUCCCAACAUGCAUGAGGCAAGAUUGGAGGCCGAAACAGUUAUGUUCGGCGCCCUGGACGAGCUUUUCGAGAAGACUGGGGUGAAGCCGAAGGAGGUGGGGAUUUUAGUGGUGAAUUGCAGUCUGUUCAACCCCACUCCGUCGCUGUCUGCUAUGAUUGUCAACCACUACAAAAUGAGAGGCAACAUCAAGUCUUUGAAUUUGGGAGGCAUGGGCUGCAGCGCGGGAGUCAUUUCCAUAGACCUUGCCAGGGAUCUCUUGCAAGUUCACAACAGCACGUACGCUGUCGUCGUGAGCAUGGAGAACAUCACCUUGAAUUGGUACAUGGGUAACGACCGCUCGAAGAUGCUGUCCAACUGCAUUUUCCGGAUGGGAGGUGCUGCAAUUCUCCUGUCUAACAAAAUGAAGGAGAGGAGACGCGCCAAGUAUGAGUUGGUACACACAGUACGAACUCACAAGGGCGCUGAUCCCAAGUGCUUUUCUUGUGUGGUGCAAGAAGAGGACGACGAAGGGAAGAUUGGUGUUUCUUUGUCUCGAGACCUGAUGGGUGUUGCAGGUGAUGCACUGAAGGCCAACAUCACCACAUUGGGGCCUUUGGUCCUUCCCUUGUCAGAGCAGAUUCUUUUCUUUGCCACAUUGGUCGGGCGGAAGUUGUUCAAGAUGAAAAUCAAACCCUACAUUCCAGAUUUUAAGCUAGCAUUUGAGCAUUUCUGCAUUCACGCCGGGGGAAGAGCCGUUUUGGACGAGUUGGAGAAGAAUCUGAAUCUCACAGAGUGGCAUAUGGAGCCAUCUCGCAUGACUCUCUACAGGUUUGGCAACACCUCGAGCAGCUCUUUGUGGUACGAACUUGCUUAUACCGAGGCUAAGGGCAGAGUGAGAAGAGGAGAUCGAUUGUGGCAAAUUGCCUUCGGGUCCGGGUUCAAGUGUAACAGUGCUGUGUGGAGGGCUCUUCGUACAGUGAAAAGUCCCAAGCAGAGCCCUUGGGCUGACGAGAUUGACUCGUUCCCCGUGGAAGUGCCAGCUUUUACAAGCAUGCUGAAUUAGAAUAAGUGCAUUAGUCCGACGAAAGUCCGUAGGGCUGCCCUCCCUAUUGAGGCCUUGUGAUCCCUUCCGCUCACUGGGUCUGGCACCAUUUCGAACCUCAAAUGUGGGUGGUGAUGCCCUCUCGGAGGUGCAGUCCAAAGGGCUGUGUAGUCGUCCUUCAUCGAGGACGAGACAAUGAGAUCUGUAAUAGUACCCGCGAAGUAGUUCAAUGUAAAAAUGAAGCCUUUAUUAACAUACUUUAAAGUACAGGUAUACUGUGUCUUCGAUCGAGUGAGAUUGUAUUGUUUUUCAAUAUCAGGGAAUUCAUACAGCGCGUGCCUACCUUGGCAGAGGCUAUUCUGGGCCCAGGGCACGACGCAUGUCACAUGCAAGUCAAUAAGUCUCCUGUUUCAUCUGUCGACAGCCAUAUACCUCGAUGCACAGAUCAUUCUCAGCUUGCUCAGGCAUUGCCGCAGCAAAUGGUGGCUAUAAUAACAUGCGUACUUUAUUGCUCCUUGGAUGAUCCUUGAUUCUAGCGAGGCGGAAAGGACAUGGAGAGGCGGACCUUCCCAGACUGGCAUCGCGGGAUCAAUAUUUCUACACUGAUGAGCAAUUCCAUUACCUAUAUAACCCGUGGUUCGAUCAGCAAAUACAGUUAGAGGACUACCGUUGGAGCCGGAGUAGUUACUUGCGAGGAACCAUUAUAGGAUGGCAAUGUUGCCCUACAUCAAUGUUCACUGUUCUGCAAUUCCGUACGUGGCUUAACACUUGCCCACAUUUCUUAUGUACAAUAUUUAUGAGUACAAAGCUCAGUUUCUGCUCCGC